AUGGGACGUGCAGCGUACCUUUUGUAUUGGCACGAAUUUCUUUGGAAAGUCAUGGUGAAGAUCCUGUCUUCGCUACAGGCGAACUGCAUGGGAUUGAGCCCACGUGGGGAUGUAGCCGUUCUUGGUGGGAAAAAAUGCAUGGGGCUAGUUGACGUGGACGUGAAUCCAGGGACACUGCUUUCGAGAUCCGAUCGUUCCUCGAAGUAUGACGUCGCUUGCGUAUCGUUGAGCCAUGCUUCCGACGGGGCCGUUGCAGUCGCAUCCAACAACAUCGUGGAACUAUGGCGCAUCUCCGAAGACCACCUCGAUUUGAAGAGCGUUUUACGUGGACACGCGCGCGCAGUGACUGACAUUGAUUGGUGUUCUGGCGAAGAAUCGCGUCUUGCUAGUUGUUCAAUCGACACGUAUAUCCUGAUAUGGGAUCCUAGAGAUGCCCGUUGCCAACGGAGACAUUCGCCGGCGAUCACGUUUUCUGCGAUGAAUGCCGCCUCUCAGGUUAGGUGGUCGCCAAUCCGGCCGGAGUAUUUGGCGUCAGCGCAUGAGGGUGAUGUCAGGGUUUGGGACGUUCGGCAACCCUCGGGACCAUUUCAAUACAUCGGUGCUCACUCAAGUAAAAUCCAUGGUAUCGACUGGGAUCCUCUGGAUCCGAACAGGAUCGUAACUUCUUCGCAGGAUCGAAGUUGCAAGGUCUUCGAUAUUCGCGAGCCAAAAACUCCCGAAAUUGUCAUAAACACAAAGUAUCCCGCGUGGAGAUCGAAAUUCGUUCCGUGUGGAAACGGAAUAGUUACUGCCACGGUGCCAGCCAGAUGGUUGACGAAUUACAGGGCUGGGGUCACGGAUUCGAAUAGUUUGGUGCUGUGGUCGCUGGGAUCAAAGAAUUUGCAACUGCCUCCCGCGCCAGUCCAUACCUUUAUGGGCCAUACAGAUGUUAUUCUGGAUUUCAACUGGAAGCGCUCGUUUUCUUCGGCGACCACGCUUUCGUUGAGUGCGGGAGAGGAAGAGGAUUGCUGGAUUGUGAGCUGGUCAAAGGACCACACGCUAAGAUUCUGGGGGUUAGAUGUUCAAACUGAAAAACUUUUGGACAUGGAUCAGCUCACGGAUGCAGGAGACGAUAUGUCUCGAUCUUGUCGUUACUCGGAAUGUUCUUCCUCCUCGACCAAGUCGAGCCUAAAUGCGACUUCUCUACUGGAAGAGUUCGCUCUUAUUAACUGCAGAAGUGAGGAAGUGUCGGUUUCUGAAAAGAACAGCGACCUCCGCACUUGUACGAUUGUGAUGACGAAGAAACCGAUAGGAUUCACGAUCAAAGUUGAUUUCCCUCUCGGUUAUCCUAACGGCAUUGGUCCGUCUUUUGAAAUGACGGAAAGCCAAGGAAUGACUGAGGAUUUCAAAAACCACGUUCUAGCCAUGCUGAGGAAUGUGGCUCAGAAGCAGAUUGUGAAGAGUAAAAUGUGCCUUGAGCCUGCGAUCCGUCGAUUAGAAGCUCUUCUGAAAUCUGUCGGCGCAGGAACAUUUCCCAAAUUGAAGAAAACCCCUUCAUCCAGUGCGAAGUUGACGGAAAACCCCGCUGAAGCCGUUCCCGUUGCGGAAGAACCUGGAACGGAAAACUUUCAAUGGAAAGAAACUACGUUAACGUCGCUUUUCCACGCGAAUUUCCACGACGUGUCCGUGCCUUUUCCGCGGACUUCGGGUGCGCGUUUUUGUGGCCCCGGGUACCUUGUGUGCUUCGGUCGCCCAGGAAUGUACAAAAGCUACUCCGGUUUGACCAUCGCAUCGGCACCGAGUGAAAUUUCCAUCGAGAGAGGAGCCGGAGAAGCGAAUAGUUCUGCAAUGUCGACGUCGAAAGCCGCAAAAAGCAAAUCAAGGAAAGCCUUCGGAGUGGGCAUUCCUGUUGCUGUAACCGCAGCGGCACAAGGUCAAACUCCGAGGUCGCUUUCGGCACUGGGGGGAUUCAUGCCGGCGUCAGAUUUUGAUCCCAGUGUGCCUGUGUACACCCGACGAGGUUCGACAAGGAGACGAAGUCCGGCUUGUGUGUACUAUGAUACGCCUGUGCAAAUUCAUCAAGCGAGGAAACUUAAAAGUAAGUCUGGGGACAGCACCGGGGAAGGAGCUGAUCGUCGCAAGACUGGUGAUGGGAAAAUGGAGGCUGAUGUCGCUGAGUUCUCUGGAAGAAUGGCCGGAACGGUGGUGCACGUGUUCGAUAUAUCUCGACUUCUUCCUGCUUCGAGAGAUUUAGCGAAGAGAUACGUUGUUGAACCUGCUGAUCCCAUUGGGGCGUGUGUGCAUAACUCCGUCGUGUGUGAGGAAUAUGGAUAUAUGAGCUUGGCUAGAUCUUGGAAAUUAGCUGCUCAAAUCGCUUCGUCCGCUUGUAGAAUUCCCAACUCGCCAUUUGAAGUUCAGCUGGAUGAUUUACCUACAGGAAGAAAGCUAUUGGAGAGCAUGAUUGAUUAUUACGCGGGCAAAAUGAAGGAUGUUCAAAUGGCCGCUGCUCUUUGUUGCGUCUUUAGUUCAGGAAAGCAUCGCAUCAUGAAAUCGGGAGAUUCUCCAGUAAAACGUCGUACUCUUCCGAAAGUUCUGAAUCAAAGCUCGAGCUACAAUACCAUUCAUGAUCCAACUGGAAAUUCAACUCUUGGUUACUAUGGAGCCAGGCAAUGUCGGUCAAAUUCUUGGACUGAAGACAACCGAAUAAAACUUUGCUCUCCUGGCGAGUGGAACCUUAGCAUGGAACCACUUCAUGAGCAAAAGCCGAUACACGAAACCCCAUGUUCUUGUCAAAUGUCUCACAAUCAUAGCCCCACUUCUCGUGGUGCUCACGGUUUACUGAGUCCUAAUAGAUACGACGACUGGGACGAUUUCAAGCGAGCUUACGCACACGUUUUGGGCUGCUGGGACUUGCUGGCUGCUAGAGUGAGAGUGCUGAAAUUGAUUGAGAAGACCCGUGACCCGCGGGACAUUCAAGGAGAAAUGUGGAGUGCGAAGCUUCAUUGCCACUGUCGAAAGGAUGUUGGCACGAAACUAUGUGCUUCUUGUCAACGUCGAGGGAUCGUAUGUUCAAUUUGCCAGAUCGGAGUGAAGGGUUCCUCCAUCUUCUGCUUUGUGUGCGGACACGGAGGACAUAUUUUACACAUGGCAGACUGGUUUGAAUCGUUCCAGUUUUGUCCCUCUGGUUGCGGCUGUCAUUGCUCCGUCGAGAUGGAGAAAUAUUUCAGUCCAAUCAUUUCCACGAUCUCGUGACGACCUGAUUGGCGGGAUUCCUUACCCACAAAAUGGAUUUGACUCGGGGAGAUUCAUACGAAAAGGAAGAAAAGCUCGCUGAUGUGCCGUGGUGUUGAGUGAUGAUCGUCGAAGGUAAAUUCCGAGAAAAAGCGCUGUGAUGAAAUUUUAUUGUGAACACAUUAAACGUGGCUGUAUUUGACGGAAGUACAUGCAUUAUCGUGAUAGCCGAUUGUUCGCGAACUCGUUCUUCGAAUCUGAUUCAAGCUCUUGUUCUUAUAAAAAUAUUAAUGUCUUCUUAUCACAUCGAUCGUCGCUGCGGACGGAAUCGUCAGAGCCCAGUCGGGGAAUUGACGUCGAUAUUCUUGGAAUUUCGCGUCGUUCAGAGGAGCUCCGUGUUGAUAACUGCUGAUAAUGAGCAUCUCCAAUUUUACAUCCUCCGAUCCCUGAUUUUCUUCUCCCGUCUGCAAAAUAUAAGUUUCCCGCGUUAAAAAAAGGCAUUUAAGGUACUGUACUGUAUCAGAUAGUCGAAGGUGAUACAAUAUAAAAAAGAAUUGGGUUUUCAAAAAUACCCGUGCUUUGAAGCAUUUUUAAUUCAGAAAACCGCGACAAAUUGUCUACCACGUGCAUCUUUUUUCUCAGAAUUUUCGGGGGGAAAUUGGUGAUUAAGAAAGUUUACUUAAAUCCUGCGGAUCGAGAGACAUUUUUCCUGUGAAAAUUGUGGUAUGCAUGUUACGCGGCGGAAUGUGGUAUGUACACAAAUAAGCACGGUAAUAAAUUCUCAGAUUUUUCCAUUUAAAAAAUGAUUAAAAUGUGAGCGCAAUGGAUGUUAAUGGUAGUCACAUUUGCGCUUUUCUGACAUUAAUCUGCUUUUUAGUUCCAUCUCUGUUGGCUUGAACAGUAACGCACACGGGUAAAGUUAAUUCAAGGUGUUAAUUGUAUUUUUGAACAAUGAGAACCAUUUUUGUGCAUCUUCCUUACUCUCGUUUUUUUCAAUUCUCUCGAAAUAUUCACCACCGGUUCAGAUUCACUUGUGCGUGGGUUUUUUCAAACUUGGAACUUGCUAAAUUUUCCCAUGCUGCUUUGUCAUGAUGCCUUAUGAGGUCAUUACAGUGUACGGUACUUGGGUACGAUUCAAGUGGAAGCGAAGUUUCGUGCAUAUGGAAUGGUAGAAACGUUUCUUACUUGCUGUAUCUGAAUCCAGAAUACCAGUGGUGUUGUUGGAGGUAGACCGUGCGAAUAAAAAACGUAAUAAUUGGGUUGGCCGUUGAGCGGGUCGGCAAGAGAUGCCGUUACUGUUUCGUGGAAGGACCAUCUCGCGAUCUUCCAUCCACUGGUUGGCGAUACAACAAUCGCGAUGUGGUCCGGCCCUGAAUCAAGUCGAUUUCAUUGCAAAACCAUUUUUGAAGUGCAGAACGACUCCCAAUCAUUCGAAAUUCACUUUUCCCAUGUUCCCGAUAAACCAUGCGGGAAUUUCGAUUCAUUCGUAUGCGGUACUUCCCAAGGGAAGCGAAGUUGAACCUUAACACACUACCGCAUAUUUUCAACUUGAGUCGUCAUAUCUUCCUUUCGUUGAUCGACAACUUAUCCGGGCUUAUGCAAUAAGUUAUUUUCGGGAAUGUCUGUGAAUUCAGGUAGUCCGUGAAUUUUGUUUCGCGCUUUUUUAUUCAUUAAAAACAUUCGAUUGUCCGUAAAAUUUUAUUAUCCGGGCACAGGCAUCCUGUCAUUAAUCCGGGUUAUCGGGUUUCUUCUGUAAAUUUUAUUUCCAAAAAGAACUUUCUUUUUACCCCCCCCCCCCCCCC